UAGACAAAAUUAUGAAUUCUUAUACUCCCCCGUUGAAGAAGUUCCAGUUCCAUCGGGUCAAGUACUUUUUCAACAAUUUCUGGCUUACCAAAAGGCAAAAUUAAAAGAGAAAGAAAUGAAAGAAAAUUCGGAAAAGUCCAAAGAGAAUAAGGUUACUUCAAAUGACUCAGAGGCACUGAAACCCCUACCAGGUUUGGAUAAAAAGUGCAAAGAGAAUAAGGAUACUACAAAUCACUCAGAGACACUGAAAUCCCUACCAGAUUUGGAUGAAAAGACAUCUGCGGUUAAUAAAAUUGACUCAGAAAAAGAACACAAAGGUUGUGAAGUGGAAAAGAAUAUUUUAAAUUCCCUAAAGGAGCAUAAUAAGAAGGAUGAGUUUAUGACAGAUUCCUCAGGAGGAGAAGAUGAUAUUCGUCCUGUGCUUAAAUCUGAUAAGAAAUCAGAAGCUUUGAAAGGAGAAAACGUCGACAAGCCAAUAAAAGCUACAAUAAAUUCACCAAUAUGGCAUGCAGGCAAAAUCAGAAAUCAGAAAUCAAAAGAUAUGGAAGCAGGAAAAAUAAACGAGCCAAUAAUAGCUACGAUAAAUUCACCAAAACUGCAUGUAAGCAAAAUCAGGAAUCAGAAUCAGAAAUCAAAGGAUAUGGAAGUCAAAAAAGUAGACGAGCCAAUGAAAGCUACAAUAAGUUCACCAAUAUGGCAUGUAGGCAAAAUCAGAAAUCAGAAAUCAAAAGAUAUGGAAGCAGAAAAAAUAAACGAGCCAAUGAUUGCUACUAUAAAUUCACCAAAACUGAAUGUAAGCAAAAUAAGAAAUCAGAAUCAGAAAUCAAUGGAUAUGGAAGUCAAAAAAGUAGACGAGCCAAUGAAAGCUACAAUAAGUUCACCAAUAUGGCAUGUAAGCAAAAUCAGAAAUCAGAAAUCAAAAGAUAUGGAAGCAGAAAAAAUAGACGUGCCAAUUAAGGAUACAAUAAAUUUACCAAAACUGCAUUUAGUUAAAAUCAGAAAUCAGAAUCAGAAAUCAAAAGAUAUGGAAGUUAAAAAAGUAGACGAGCCAAUGAAAGCCACAAUAAAUUCACCAAUAUGGCAUGUAAGCAAAAUCAGAAAUCAGAAAUCAAAAGAUAUGGAAGCAGAAAAAAAAGACGAGCCCAUGAAGGAUACAAUAAAUUUACCAAAACUGCAGUUAAUCAAAAUCAGAAAUCAGAAUCAGAAAUCAAAGGAUAUGGAAGUCAAAAAAGUAGACGAGCCAAUGAAAGAUACAAUAAAUUCACCAAUUUGGCAUGUAAGCAAAAUCAGAAAUCAGAGUCCGAAAUCAAAAGAUAUGGAAGUCAAAAAAGUAGACGAGCCGAUGAAAGCUAUAAUGAAUUCACCAAUAUGGCAUGUAAGCAAAAUCAGAAAUCAGAAAUCAAAAGAUAUGGAAGCAGAAAAAAAAGUCGAGCCGAUGAAGGAUACAAUAAAUUUACCAAAAGUGCAUUUAAUCAAAAUCAGAAAUCAGAGUCAGAAAUCAAAAGAUAUGGAAGUCAAAAAAAUAGACGAGCCAAUGAAAGAUACAAUAAAUUCACCAAUAUGGCAUGUAAGCAAAAUCAGAAAUCAGAGUCCGAAAUCAAAAGAUAUGGAAGUCAAAAAAGUAGACGAGCCAAUGAAAGCUACAAUAAAUUCACCAAUAUGGCAUGUAAGCAGAAUCAGAAAUCAGAAUCAGAAAUCAAAAGAUAUGGAAGUUAAAAAAGUGGACGAGCCAAUAAAAGCUACAAUAAAUUUACCAAAACUGCAUGUAAUCAAAAUCAGAAAUCAGAAUCCGAAAUCAAAAGAUAUUGGAGUUAGAAAAGUGGACGAGCCAAUGAAAGAUAUAAUAAAUUUACGAAAACUGCCUGAAAAUGACUUGAAUGUAAGUAAAAGCAAAAAUCAGAAUCAGAAAUCCGAAGCUAUGGAAGUAGAAGAAGUGGACGAUCCAAUGAAAGAUGCAAUAAAUUUAGUGAAACUGCUUGACAAUGACUUAAAUGAAAUUAAAAUCAGAAAUCAGAAAUCAGAAGAUAUGGAAGUAGAUGAAGUGGACGAGGUAAUGAAAGAUACAAUAAAUUCGGCAAAACUGCCUGACAAUAAUUUAAAUACGAAAAAUUGUGAAGAGAUUGAGCUGUCCAUGGGGAAUAAAAUAGAGAUUGAUGAGACCCCCAAGAACAUGACUCUUCUCGGGACAGUCUCGUUCGAAAUGCAUUCGAUGGUCGCAAAUAUAGGACACUGCGGGAUCUGAUGGAGCGAACAAAACUAUCGAAAAAGAGCGUUCGCAAGGCCCUUAAGCGGAUCGGAAAAAUCAAGCGCCGGAAGUGGCGCAUCAGCAAGUUUUAUUUAUUUGCCGUAGAUUCGCAGAAGAUCGACCAGGCAAUGACCAGCGAAAUCAAACCGUUGGAGAUGAAAGAUGAAUAUAGGAAGGUAAUAAAAACCUAUCAGAGAUUCAAGUUCCAGCGCAUGGAGGCUCUAAAGGAGGGCACUGGGCUCACAGAACAAGAACUGAACAGAAUUCUCAAGGUGAUCGGCCGUAAACGAUCCACCAAGUGGCGUUUGCUCAACUACAAGAAACCACUUCAACACACUCACCGUGGCCACAAAAAGAUCACCAGAUCAACUUAAGCCUUCCUUUUUACUUCUGCAAACUCUUUAUC